AUGAAUGUUGAGGAAUAUAGACAUCAAGUAGGAGGACAUUGCAAAUUAAUAAAACCAAAGGAUUCAUCAAAGGUAUAUAAACCAUUAAUAGAAAAUGAAUAUAUUUUUUAUAAAAAGUUGACAAAUUUUGGUUCUUCAUCAACUGAGUCAGGACCUUUACAUCUUUUAAAAAAAUUCAUACCAAAAUUUUAUGGCGUAACGGAAAUUUUGGUUGAAUCAUGUUCUGAUGAUGAGGAAAAGCAAAAUGAUUCAUCUAAUCUAAUAAAAGGAAAAGAUGAAAAGAAAAAGAAAAAAAAAAGUAGAUAUAAAAAAUAUAUCAAAAUGGAUAAAUGUGAAAAGGAUAAUUUUGUAAACACUGAUGAAAGGUACUUUAUUGAAGAAGAAAAAUAUUCUGAACUCAUACGAAUGAGGACAAAUAUUUCAAACGCAGAUAUAAAUGAGAACGCACAUGAAAAUAUGUCAGGUGGUGAAUUAAGGGAACAUAAAGUGAAUCACAUGAAAUGUAUUGAAAAAAAUAAUGUAUCAAAUAUAUAUGGAGAUAAACACGGAAUUGAGAAUGAUGAAAUAAAUAAAAAAAACGAUGAACUUAUAAAUAAAAGUAUUGAUGACCUUAACAAUAAAAAAAACGAUGAACUUAUAAAUAAAAGUAUUGACGAACUUAACAAUAAAAAAAACGAUGAAAUUAUAAAUAAAAAUAAUGAUGACCUUAACAAUAAAAAAAACAAUGAACAAAAUACAAAACAAAAUAACGAUGACAGUGUAAAAAAACGAUUUAAUGAAAGUAGCCUAAAUACAACACCAAAAAAAUUCAAAAGAAGAAAAGAAUGUGUACCUCAUAUAAUUCUUGAAGAUUUAGUGUAUGGAUUUAAAAGACCUUGUGUAUUAGAUAUAAAAAUGGGUAAGAGACAAAGGAAGAUUGGAGCAUCAAUAGAAAAAAAGAAAAGACAAGUUGAAAAGAGUUUUAAGACAACUAGUCAUUCGUUAGGUUUUAGAUUAUGUGGAUGUCAACAUUAUAAUAAAGUAAGUGAUACACUAUUUUAUAAAGAUAAAUACUGGGGAAGAAAUCUAAGGAAAGAACAUAUUCCAUGGGCAAUUCGAAAUUGGUUUUGGAAUGGAUCAUUAUUAUACGAAGAAUUAAUACCCUUAUUACUAGAAAAGUUACACAGUUUUUUUAAUUGUAUAGUCGAAUUGAGACAUUAUCGUUUUUGGUCUUCUUCUUUAUUAUGGGUUUUUGAUGGAGGAUUAAGUGAUAAAAAAGCUAGAUCUAAUUCUUUAGAUAUUAGAAUGAUUGAUUUUGCUAAUACCAUAUAUUUACAAGAUAAUCCUUCAGCGGAUGAAGAAUAUAUUUUUGGUUUAAGAAAUUUAAUAGAGUCUAUUCAGAUUUUAAAUAAUUCUAUACAUAAUAUUUAUUUCUUACCAUAUGAAAUUACUACUUGUUUUUAUUCAGAAAAUUAUAAUAUGAAAGAAAUUAAAGAUCGCAAGGUUUUAAAAAAGUCAAGAUCUGUUGUUUAUGAAGACAACAAAAAGAAGAAAAAAAAAACGGUAUAUAUUAAUAUGGAAUUUUUUAAAAAGGCAAAGGGAAAAUAUGUAAGUAAUAAUAAACAAUUGGAUAAUAACAAAUUUGUGAAUAAUAAUAAAAAUUUAAACAUAAAAAAGAAUGAUACAAAAUCGAAAUAUAUAUAUAAUUCGGAUUUAUUAAGUACAGAAUAUAUAAAUAAAUUUUUGUCACAAAAUGAAAAGGAAGAAAUCCAUAAAAAUAAAAAAAAAAACAGAAAUGGCAAUAUAAAUAAAAUUAAAAAAAAAAAAAAAAAAAAAUUUUAUAUAAAUGAAAAUAAAUACAAAAGCUUUUCUGACUAUGCAAUAAGAGAAGAUAUUUAUAGUACUCCUUUAUUUUCUUUUGCAAAUAAAUUACAUAAUAGUUUAUCAAAUAAUCCAUAUAAUAUAAAAAACACAUCUUAUAUGAAUAAUUUGGGAAUUCAUUGUCUUCUUAAUAAUAAUUCUGUUAGUACGUCAAGGGUAGAUGACAAUCCAGAUAAUGAAGAAACUUUUAAUAAAUGUAAAUAUUAUGAAUAUAAUGAUUCAUAUGAUAAAAAUAUUGGCUCUUCUCAAAAUGAUAUAGAUCCUUUAGUAGAUACUCAUUUAUAUGAUGAAAAUAAUAAGAUAAUGUACAGCACUUGUUUAAAAGAAAAAGAAAAUAUAUAUAAAAGUUUGGAAAACACUAUGGAUAAAAGCUUAAAUAAUACAAUGAACAAUUCGUCUUAUAUUCAAAAUUAUAAUUAUGAUAAAGAAUGUAUGAAUAAAAUAAAAACAUAUCAUACGUCAAAUGAUAGAAUAAAUAUAAAUAAUGAGGAAAUUUUGUAUGGUAACAAAAAUGUUUCAAGAAGUAAUAAUAUUUAUAGCCACAGUGACGAAAGAAAAAAAAAUAUAUUAUUAAAAAAAUCAUACAAUAUGUAUAUACAAAAAAGACAUUUACCAUACCAGAUACGUGAAUGUAAUAACAACAAAACAAAAGAUGGAAAAGAUAUUUAUAAUGAUAAUACUCUAAAUUCUAUUGAUGAUAAAUACAAAGAAGAUAAUUUUCAAAAUAAAAUUCAUUUAAAUAAAGAUUCUUUGGAAAAUAUACAGGAAAAAAAAAAAAAUAAUAUUUUAAAUAAUCAUAAGGAUGUACUAAAAUAUAUGAAUAAUAAUAUGGAUAACAUAUAUUAUGAUAAAAAUAUAAAUAAUAAUAUUAAUAACAAUAUAUUAUUAUUACCAUAUCAGAAUAAAAGAAAAAAUAAACCUAUUUUAGAUAAUAAUAUACAUGCAAUGAGCAAUAACAAAUAUGAUGAAAUAAUACAAGAGACAAUCAUUAAAACAUUAAAAAUAGCAUCAAAUUUUUAUCAAAAAAUUAAAGAACAUAUUAAUAUGGAUCAACAAGUAAAGGAAAAAGAAAAAUUAACACAGCAUUGUAAUGAUAAUUAUAAUAAAGAAAAUGUACAACAAGGAGAAGAAAAGAUAAAAAAAAAAGAAGAUUAUUCGUUGUCAUAUUAUAAUGUAAGUAAUGAGCCCAUUAAUAAUAAUCUUUGUGAAGAUAAUAAAAAAGAUUUUUAUUCAUUUAAUUGUGAUGAAAAUCAAAAAGAUAUUUCUAUCGAAACAUAUAAAGAUAAUGUAAACUUUCAAAGAAAGAAUAAAGAUGAUAAUAUAAAAAGAACAAAAACAAAUUAUAAAAAAGAAAUAAGUAAUUAUUAUUUCGAAAAGGAAGAAAUGGAAAAUAUGAACCUUAUUCCUGAGGAGGAAGAAAAUAUCAUACAUGAAAAAAAAAAUAAAGAUACACAAGUAUUAAAAACAAAUAAAAUAUAUGAUAACAUUGUAGAAAAAAAUAAUACCAACCAUAUGAAAAUAAUAAAAAAUUUUAAUGUGUUAAAAAGGAAUAUAAACUUAAAAGUUUUAAUAAAUCAAAUGAUUAAAAUGGAAAUUGAAAAAUGGAAAUUAGAAAAACAACAAUUGUUAUUGAAAAAUAAACAAAUAAGUAAACUAACAAAUAAACAAAUAAGUAAACUAACAAAUAAACAAAUAAAUAAACUAACAAAUAAACAAAUAAAUAAACUAACAAAUAAACAAAUAAAUAAACUAACAAGUAAACAAAAUUUUUUAAAACGUACAAAUAUUGAAAUGAACGAUUUGUCUGAUAUGAAUGUAAAUAUAUUAGAGGUACGAAAUAAAAUAAAACAAAUGGAUAUCAAAGAAAAUAUGUUAAAUAAAAUGAUAUAUAAGUUAGAAAAAGAUACUCUCUAUAAAAGUAAUAAAAAUAAUGUAUACGAACAAUUAAAUUAUAACUCAGAUACUAUAUUAAUACAUAAGGAUUUUAAAAAUUAUCAUUUAAAAAUGAAUAAGAAAAAUUCUUUUACUCAUGAUUGUUAUAUGUAUAAAAGAUGCAUGUCUUGUAAUGAUGAUAUCAUUUCAUAUUUGAAGAAUGACAAUAAAAUAAAAGAAAAGAAGGAAAAACAAAACAAAAAAAAAAUACGCAAGCUGUUUUUAAAAAAAUUAAGUAUGUUAUCAAAUAUGAAAAAUAAUAAGAAAAAAUAUCAUGACAAUGUUUAUUAUAAGGUUGAUCCUGACAAUAGUAAUAAAGCAGAAAAGGAAGAAUAUAUUAAUAAAUAUAAUGAAAGGUAUUAUAAUAAAUAUGAUAAUAAAUAUAAUAUUCAAUAUAAUGAUACAUAUAAUAAUAUAUAUGAUGAUAUAUGUGAUGAUAAGUAUAUUAAUGCAAUUAAUAAGAAUCCUUUUCCUUAUAGUAAAUAUAAUUUAAAAGAAAAAAAAAAGAAAAAAAAAUAUUCAAAAUAUAAUCAAUUAAAUAUAUUACCAUUACAUAAGAAGAAAUAUAUAUAUAACAAGGAAUAUCCACAAAAUAAGGAAGAAUUUAAUAUAUUCAAUAUGAAUUAUGAAAAAAAUAUUUAUACAUUUAAUAAUAUAAAAUAUACAAAUGAAAAUUUAAAUUAUAUUAAUAAUAUAUAUGAAAAUAAUGAUUUGGAAACAUAUAAAAAUUUAAUACUACCAUUAACAGAAACAAAUGAAAAUUAUAAAUACUUACGUAGAUCUUUAUCAGAACCUAAUAUAUAUAAGUACAAUCGAUUUAUGGGUACACAAAAAGAUUCAUAUGUUAAUAAAAUAAAUUAUAAUAAUCUAAUCAAAAAUAGAUUGGAUAAGUUAACAAAAGUUCCCAUAUAUAAUCAAAUAUAUGGUUUCACCUCCAAUUCUAGUAACACCUAUUCUUCAGAAAGUUCCCUUGAUAUGUAA